AUGAUUGUGUCACUACUCCCCGCAUGGAAAUCCGCCGGACUAAAAUGCAGUUCCUCGGCGGAAACGGAUGCGAAAAACUUACAUGAUGGUGAUAGUGACGUCGACGACGAUGAUGACGUGGAUUUUGAUGAUGAUUGUCAUGUUGAUGAUGAUGAAAAUUAUGGUGACAACGACGACGAUGACGACGGUGCUGAUGAUGCUGGUGAUGCUGAUGAUGACGGCGACGACGACGACGAUGAUGGUGACAAUGAAGAGGAUUAUGACGAUGAUUGUGAUGAUGUUGAUGACGGUGACAUCGAUGAAGACGAUGAUGGUGAUGAUUUUGCUGAUGAUUACGAUGAUGGUGAUGGUAGUGAUGACGAUGUUGCUGUCCAUGAUGGUGACGAUGCUGACGAUGAUGAUGAUGAUGAUAUUGAUGUUGACGAGGACGACAAUGAUGAUGACCCUGAUGAUGAUUUUGGUGCUGAUGACGAUGAU